AUGGCAAUUCUGAUGUUUGAGCCAUCCGAAAAUGGGCGACUGAAUUUUUCCAUCGAAUACGAGAAUGCACUCUUUGCAAUUGUCCCAGCCAGCUGUGCUCUAUUUGCUAUGCUUCUACAUGGCAUCAGCAAGAGGCUCUGGCGGCGAGCCGCUCGUCGCAAUCCGAAGGCCAAGAUAGUUACCACCGACAAGAUGGCCUUUGUGAUUCUCCUCAUCUUACACUCCGUUUCCUUGGGCUUGUAUUUUUCCCUAUCCAAUGCGUCAACCCGGUACAUGGGCUCCUCCAGUGCCGCAGCGUACACUGUCCGGUUCAUCGCAGCCCUGCUCAUGUGCCUCGCCGUUUUUCUUUUCGGACCGCACCUGAAAGUCACUACCGACCUAUACCUCUUAGGAACAUGCAUCACUGAUGGUUUUCGCAUUCACACGCCGUGGGCCGCUGUCAACCAACUGGGUGAGCCCAAGGGCAUUUCGCUUGCGGCUUUGCAAACAGCCAUCAUAGUCGUCACUGCUGCUACUCUGGUCAUCUCAGAACUCAAGGCCAACUCGAGUCUUCGCACUGCCCGAAAGAAAGCUGGGCCGGCCCACGUUGACGAGCCAAACAGUGGCACCCUGGGUGUACUGUUCUUCGGUUGGCUCUGGCCGCUUCUUGCACAUGGGAGCAAGAAUCAGCUUGUCGCCAGCGACAUGGCGUCUUCCAUAAUACGCUCUAAAGCUAUAUACGAACCGGUUGACGACUUGGGAAAGUGUGUUGGUGAUGAAGAAUUUCUCUCCAAAUUUGCCAUGGACUUUCUUUUCGGGGUCAUUCUUCAGAUUUUGAGUGCUGGCGCAACCCUGGCACAGCCUUUCAUAAUCCAAGCAAUCGUAUCCUAUUUGCAGGGUGAAAAGAAAAGUGCUGCCGGUACUUGGCUUGUCAUAGCCAUGGUGUUCGACCAGCUUGCAAUGAGCAUCCUGGAAGCUCAUGGACGUCUGGCAUUCGGCCAAAUGUCUAUCCGCAUGAGGUCCGUCAUUGUGCACAAAGUGGCACUACGAUCGCUUGCUCGCGCCCCUCCAGCCGGCGGUUGGAGCGCAGCCAAGGGCAAAGUUCUUGUCCAUGUGACACAAGACUCGGCCGCAGUGUCCGCGGCUAUUAACAUCAUCGGAAUGAUGAUUCCCAACUUUAUCAUUGUAGCUAUUGGAUCAUGGAUGCUAUUUAGAAAGAUACAGCUUGCCUUCUUGGGGCCAUUGCUCGCGGCCGCAGUCUGCACCUUGAUUCCCAUCUUGUUGGGCAAGCCGCUGUCCCGAAGCGAGCGAAACUUGUUGGAAACCGCCGAACGUAGGAUAGCAACAGUCAAGCAUCUUAUUUCUGAACUCAGAAAUAUUCGAUUCGGGUAUAUGCAACAUACUAUAGAGCGCCAGGCUGCCAACGAAAGACGACUGGAAAUCAUGGCCGCAACAACAUUUCGUCGUAUCCUCUCCAUCGUCAUCGUUGUCGCUAUUUUUCUUUCGAGUGUUGCGAUUCUGGCGGCCUUUGGCGGCUAUUCCCUCCUGCCACACCGCCGUCUUGAUCACGGUGUACUCUUUACAUCGCUCUCAACGAUGCAGAUUAUGCUCACGCCUCUACUAUCCAUCAUCCAAAUGCUACCAAGUCUCAUCGCGUCUGUGGUGAGUUGGAAGCGGUUGCUUGCCUUUUUUGAGCAAGAGAAUGAAGACGAGCAAGCCCAGGCCACGACUAUCACGCCUCAGAAAACGGAGGGCUCGUCAAAUUUACCAGCUUUGGGGGGAGAAGUUGACGUGAGAAUGAACAUAAUUCCACCAGCCGUCAACUAUUUGCCUUUGCAAAUGAAGAACGUGACGUCACUAUGGGCUGCUGAUUCAACAGCUGUCCGAAAUGCCAGCUUGUCUGUGGCGGCAGGACGGUUGGCAAUCGUGGCUGGUAUUGCUGGAUCUGGCAAGUCGAACCUUUUGAUGACGAUUCUUGGAGAAACUCAGCUCGCAUCGGGGACUCUCCAUGUUGCAACAAAAGUAUCGUUUUGUCAUCAAAGCCUCUGGUUCCUUCCCGAAGCUUCCAUCAGAGAGAAUAUCAUCUUCGGGAAAGCAUACGACGAAGCUUUAUAUCAGACCGUCAUUACCUGUUGCUGUCUUGACCGUGACUUCAGCGCCCUGGAAGACAGUGACGAGACGAAGCUGAGUGUCAUCGGGGCUCCUCUCAGUGGAGGACAGCGCCGACGUGUGUCACUCGCGCGUGCUUUGUAUGAAGGCGGCGAUUUGUUCGCUUUUGACGAUAUUUUCAACGGUCUGGAUGCCACGACAAGGAAUACCGUUGCCGCCAAUGUCUUUGGUGCUCAUGGCUUUCUUGCCAAGAGGCGCGCCGCUGGCGUCCUCUGCUGCACUACCCCUCCUUCAAUCAUGUCAUCCUUUGCAAACACUGAAUUCUAUGUCAUGGAAAGUGGCCGGCUGCGCGCGAUCGUGAAAAGCUCAUUUGCAGACCAGACAUUGGAGCAUGAAGGUACCGAGGGCUCUCUAACAGCCCGAGCGAACAAUCCACAUGAUGACUCGGGAUUGAAUGGCCCGGCAGCCCGUCAGGAGAGUGCCAUGAGGGAGACUGACCUCGCUGUGGACGCAGGCGCCACAACCGAAGCAACCAAGAAAAAGAGCCUGGAGGCACAUCGCAUGUACUUCAAAUCUCUGGGCUCUCCCUUGGUCAUUGCAACAGUUUUUAUCUUUCUAUUCAUAUGGGUUGCAGUUGAGAGAGCCAGCGCAUUCUGGUUGUCGCAAUGGGCGAGCUAUGCUACCAGACCAGGCAUCGACCUUAACACGGGCUACUACGUAGGUAUCUACGCGGCGUUUUCUAUCGCAGGAGUUCUAUCAGCAUUCAUCUCGGUUUGUUUUAUAAAUGAUAUUGAAGCUGUCGACCUCCACCUGCCGCAAUCUUUGCACAACCUAAUCAGUGUGAUUGCGUCAGCGCUUGGCUCCCUCGUUGUCAUCGGUAUCGGUUCCCCAUUCACCCUCAUCGGCCUAUCCAUUCUCCUCCCCCUCCUCUUUUUCCUUCAAAAGUUUUAUCUGUCCACCUCGUUCCAGCUUCGUUCGCUUCGGGUUGCUGCACAAGCGCCAAUGCUCGAGAUGGUGAGCGCUUUGUUGGAGGGCCGAACGACUAUCCUCGCACUAAGACAAGAGCAAUAUACUGCGCGUGUCAUGUCGGACCGUAUUCAAAGGGGUCUAAAAAUUGGAUACUUAUUUAGUGCCGUGCAAAUAUGGGCCACGCUCAUGCUCGGUCUCCUCAACGGAUGCUUGGCGAUUGCUCUCGCGACUCUGUUGAUCGGCCUCGGGGGGUCGAAGAGCGUUGCGUGGGGCGGUCUGGCGUUGGUGAAUAUCAUACGACUUGGGCAAGAUAACAUGCUUCUUAUGGAUUGGUGGACAUCUUUCGAGUCGGAAAUGGCGUCCAUGGAUCGAAUCUAUGGGUACAUUCACCUCACGCCACAGGAACGCCGCCAAGCACUUGACAUACGUCCUCCAAGCGACUGGCCAAAGCGCGGCAGCAUUCGGCUGGAUAAUCUCUCUCUUGCACAUGGACAACGUCAAGUUGUGAAGCACUUGAGCGUCAAUAUUCCGCCAAAAAGCAAGGUCGCGAUUCUAGGAAGAACGGGCAGUGGAUGUGUGCAAGUCGACGGUUUAGACCUUGCUGCCAUUGAGGGCGAAUCUGUGCAGUCGCGUUUCGUGGGACACCCGCAGAACUUCAUUCCUAACGCCGGCGGAACCGUCAGACAAAAUCUGGACUUGGUCGGUACUCUACCGGUGUCUCGCAUCCAAGAAGUGCUGACACGGCUGGCCCCGCCGCACAUGGCUGCGGAGAUCAUGGCCAAAUUGGAUUCGCAAUGGAACGAGUGCAACUUUUCGCAAGGUUGGCAGCAGACGAUUGGCAUCUGCCGUACAUUGCUUCGUCAAUCCAACAUCUACGUGUUGGAUGAGCCUACAAGCGGCAUGGAUGAAGAUGGUCACACCACUGCCAUGGAAACGAUUUUCAGCGUCUUGUCUGACAGUACUAUCAUAGCUACCAUGCAUACUUUGACUGGUAUUGAGAAGUUUGACCAGAUUAUUGUUCUCGAGGAUGGGCGUCUAGUUGAACAGGGGUCACCAGCAGAGCUUCUUGCUUUAGAGGGCAGCAUGUUAAAACAGCUUGUCAGCGCAGAUUGA